CGCGGCGCGCUCAUCCCCGAGGGGCCCCUGCAGCCUCUCCGCGCGAAGACCGCUCCAGCCCUACAGGGAAAGAAAAGUGCGGAGAUUGUGGAUGGAGACGCGCAGGAGCACAGACUAUGUGACCGCGUCAGUGUCUGAGUAGAGGACUUCGCUUUGGGGAGGGAAGAGGAGGGAUCGGCGCGCUCCUCUACGGCGGCGACUCGGCAGGCGGAGUUUCGCGGCUGCGGCACCGAGGUUGCGCCAACCCGCCCGGAGGUCUCUCCAACCAGCCUGCGCGGCCGCGCGAGCCUCAGCGCCCAAGCCGGCCGGGGCGAGAGGAGAGCGAGACCGAGCUCCUCCGGGAGGCGAGCGAGCUAGCUAGCGCACCCCGCCCGCUCCCGCGACGCCGCGCCGGGUGGCGUCCAGGCGGCAUGGAGAAGGAUGGCCUGAGCCGCGCCGACCAGCAGUACGAAUGCGUGGCGGAGAUCGGGGAGGGCGCUUAUGGGAAGGUGUUCAAGGCCCGGGACCUGAAGAACGGAGGCCGGUUCGUGGCUCUGAAGCGCGUGCGGGUGCAGACUGGUGAGGAGGGCAUGCCGCUCUCCACUAUCCGCGAGGUGGCGGUGCUGAGGCACCUGGAGACCUUCGAGCACCCCAACGUGGUCAGGUUGUUUGAUGUGUGCACAGUGUCUCGGACAGACAGAGAAACCAAACUGACACUAGUAUUCGAACAUGUUGAUCAAGACUUGACCACUUACUUGGACAAGGUUCCUGAGCCCGGAGUGCCCACCGAAACCAUAAAGGAUAUGAUGUUUCAGCUUCUUCGAGGUCUGGACUUCCUUCAUUCUCACCGAGUGGUGCAUCGUGAUCUAAAACCACAGAACAUUCUGGUGACCAGCAGUGGACAAAUAAAGCUGGCUGACUUUGGCCUUGCCCGCAUCUAUAGUUUUCAGAUGGCUCUUACUUCAGUGGUUGUCACACUGUGGUACCGAGCUCCUGAAGUCCUGCUCCAGUCCAGCUACGCCACCCCCGUGGAUCUCUGGAGUGUCGGCUGCAUAUUCGCAGAAAUGUUUCGUAGAAAGCCUCUCUUUCGUGGAAGUUCAGAUGUGGAUCAACUAGGAAAAAUCUUGGAUGUAAUUGGACUCCCAGGAGAAGAGGACUGGCCGAGAGAUGUGGCCCUUCCCAGGCAGGCUUUUCAUUCCAAACCUGCCCAACCCAUUGAGAAGUUUGUAACAGAUAUCGACGAGCUAGGCAAAGACCUACUUCUGAAAUGCUUGACAUUUAAUCCAGCCAAGAGGAUAUCUGCCUACAGUGCCCUGUCUCACCCAUACUUCCAAGACCUGGAGCGAUGCAAGGAGAACCUGGAUUCCCACCUGCCACCCAGCCAGAACGCCUCAGAGCUGAACACAGCCUGAGGUCUCCAAGCUGCCCUGAGCUGGUCGUCUGAGCCCUUGGGCAGCUGCGGGGGCCCCUGUGCAGGCCCAGCAGAGCUGCCGUGCCUCACUGGCCUGAGGCCUCCAGCUGCCAUCUUUGUAUGGGCCCUGCUUCUCCAAGGAAACCACCUCGUUUACUGUUUUGAAAUCAAUGCAAGAGUGAUUGCAGCUUUAUGUUCUCUUGUUUGUUUGUUUGUCUGUUUCAAAAACCUGGAAAAAUUCCAGAAGAAGAGAAGCUGCUGACCAAUUGUGCUGCCAUUUCAUUUUUCUAACCUUGAAUGCUGCCAGUGUAAAGUGGGUAAUCCAGGCACAGCUGAGUUAUGAUGUAAUCUCCCUGCAGCUGCCGGGCCUGAUUUGGUACUUUUGAGUGUGUGUGUGUGUGUGUGUGUGUGUGUGUGUGUGUGUGUUUUGAAAGGGAGAUUCUCUGAUCUCUUAAAGUGUUACUUUUUGUACAUAACAAGAAGAAUUGAAUUUUAAAGACCCAAGGUGACCGUAAAUAACAGGCACUUGUUCACUAAUGUGGUCUGUUCAAAUUUGAAAGUUGAGCCUGCGUCCUCAGCAUUUCUUUUCUGGUCAAAAACAGUAAAUUUGCUAGCAAUAAAAAAAUGAAGUUCCAGACACA